CAGUCUCUUCUUCUUCUCUCAUAACGUUUCUCUGUCUUUUACUGGGAACAAACAUUCUCACAUUUUCUCACUCUGGGUUUUGAGAAACAGAGUCGAUUGAAAGGGAAAACAAAUCACUACAAAGUUAUCGAAAUCGUUGGGUAUCCACAUUUUUUUGGGCACAAGAAAGGUUUCUGAUUUUGUGUUUCUUACUCUUCUUCGUUCUGAUUCGCUAUCAUCAUCAUCUUCUUCUUCUUCUUCUUCUUCUUCUUCUGUUUUUUUUCCUGGUCAGAUUUUGUGUACUGGGUAUCUCGGAGAGAAAUCAGUAGGUGAACCUAACUAGCCUAAGAUGAGCUCCAGGAGAUUGGUCAAGAGAGCAUUGAUUCUAGAUGAUGAUGAGGAUGAGGAUAUGGUUUACAGCUUCAAGGUCCUAUUACCUAACAGCACUAGUGUGCCCCUCACACUUACUAAUCCAGAUCCUGAGAUGCCAAUGGAGAGUUUUGUCAACCUGGUGAAGGAGGAGUACGAUAAAGCAAGAAAAAAUUGUGUGUUGAUGUCUAAGAGGACAAGGGUUGAUUGGAACUUGGGUCGAAAGUUUCAUCUCGAGUCAAAUGCUGGAAAGAUGAAAGGAGUUGUUCGCUUUGCCGCGUUUAAGCCCAACUUGUGCCAUAUAAUACGUCUGGAUGAUGGUUCUAAUAUAACUUCCACCAUGUAUGAGAACUUGUGGGAUUUGACUCCUGACACUGAUCUUCUAAAAGAACUACCUGAAAACUAUAGCUUUGAGACAGCUCUUGCGGAUCUAAUCGACAAUUCCUUGCAAGCUGUGUGGCCUUGUUCUGAAGAUAGAAAAGGAGAUCGAAGACUAAUUAGUGUGGAUGUUUCUGGUGAUCGGAUUUCAGUCUUUGAUACUGGGAGAGGAAUGGACAGUAGUGAGGAAAAUGCUAUUGAUAAAUGGGGAAAAAUAGGGGGCUCAUUACAUAGAUCUCAAAAAACCUCUGCUAUUGGAGGCAAACCACCAUACCUCAAACCAUUCUUCGGAAUGUUUGGAUAUGGAGGUCCUUAUGCUUGUAUGUUCUUGGGAAGACGUACUUUGGUGUCUUCCAAGACGAAGGAGUCCAAGAAAGUAUUCACUCUACAGUACAAGAAAGAAGCCUUGAUUGACAACCGGUCAAUCUCGGGAAAACGCUGGAAGACUGAUGGUGGCAUGAGGGACCCGUCGGAGGAGGAAAUGAAGUUAUCGCCUCAUGGAAGUUUCACUAAGGUUGAGAUAUUUGAAUCAGAAUUUGACAUCUCAAAAAUAUAUCAACUCCAGUGCAGGCUUAAGGAUAUUUACUUUCCUUACAUUCAGUGCGAUGAACUCUCCAAAACUGGGAGGACUGAAAGGCCUGUAGAGUUUCAGGUCAAUGGAGAAGAUUUGGCUGAGAUAACAGGUGGAGAGGUUGCGAUUACUAACCUAAACUCCAAGGGUGAAGAAUUUUCGUUUCAAAUUCGAUUCACUCUUACCAGUGAAAAUCGAAAAGGGAGACCUCAAGAGGCAAAUGCUCGCCUUAAAUUUGUUUAUUUUCCUAUCAUUCAGGGAAAAGAAAGCAUUGAGAAAAUUUUGGAGGGAUUAGAAGAAGAAGGAUGCAAAGUUUCCGAAAGCUUCCAGACUUUUGGUCGAGUUUCAAUAAGAAGGCUCGGUCGUCUACUUCCAGAAGUCCGUUGGAAUUCAAUACCGUUUAUGCAAAGAGGAACCAGAGCGUCUACUUUGCAGAAGUGUUGCCAAAGAGUAAAAUGCUUUGUUGAUUUGGAUGCUGGUUUUAGCCCAACGCCCUCCAAAACCGACCUUGCAAGCCAAAAUCCCUUCUCAGUGGCUCUAAGAAAUUUUUAUAGUAAAUUGACGGAGAAGGAGAAGGAUACUGAUGUCAAAAUUGUGAUUCACCGAGAAGGAAAAACACUUGGCAUCACACAGCUGGAGCAUACUUAUCAAGAAUGGGUUAUGAAGAUGCAUGAUACCCAUGAUGAAGAAGCUACAUCGGGUGAAGAUGACGCUAUUCUUAUAGUUGGAUCAUUGGAUAAAAAAGCUCUAUGCAUUUUGCGUGAUGCUGUGAGGGUGCACAAGGUAAUUACAAGAAAAGGAUUGUCGUGGAAACGUGGUCAGAAUAUAAAGAUUCUGAAAGGAGCUUGCGCUGGUGUUCACAAUAAUAAUGUCUACGCUACCAUCGACUAUUUUCUAAUAGAAGGGUUCGAGGACGAAGUAGGCGGUGAUACUCGGAUUUUAUGCAGGCCUAUCAAUUGCCCUGAAAAGGAGGGAUGCACACUUUCAAUCAUCGAUGGAGUUUCGAGUCUGGAACUUCAGAAGUCUUUAUCUCUACCGAUCACUAUAAUCGAUUCUGGAAAGUGCCUACCUGCAGAUGCGGACGAAUGGACUAACAAACUUGAGAAGCAACAGGAAAAGGCACCGUCAACAAUUGAUUUGCUCGCUGAGAGAGAUUGCAAAGAAUUGGACAUUGAUGGGGAAUUACCAGUUGGUGAUUCUGUGCGUGUUGGGCGAGCUCCCCCGCAACAGAUUGUUGCAGUUGUCCGACCUGCAUGCUUCACAUCUCUAACACCGUCGAAGAAGAUGGACCAGUCGAGGAAGUUGGACCAGAGACAUAUUGUUAAGAUGGAUGGGGAAGAAAUGGUCAUGGACGUAAAAUUUCUAGACACAAAUAUGAAAUCAAGUGAUAAAACUGGUAAACAUAUGUGUUCGCAGCGCUUGUUUCCUACAUCCCGUAAAGGGUUUAGUGGUCUUUACAUCUUUUCGGUUGGGUCCAAGCUUCCGAACCUUUUCAACAAAGCUGGCACUUACAAUUUCUCUUUCUCUAUCGGAAACUCGAUAAGGUGCAAGAAAACGGUGGUUGUUAGACCUUCUUCAAAGGCAGCAAAGUGGAAACUUGACGAUAAUCAGGAGUCCCUGCUGUGCAACGUUCGGGUUGGUUCUUCUCUUCCACCUUUCCGAAUUGCGUGCUUUGAUGAGUAUGAAAAUCAGAUACUGUUCACUUCUGUUCCAAGCCUGGAAGUUGAACUGAAAGCUAACCCUGGAUUCCACCUCAAGAUUGAUAACAUUGAGGCUAACCUGAUAGAUAGAGGAUCAAUUCUCAAAAUUGAGAAUAUGCUUGUUGAGACUGAUGAGUUAGACCAGAUCAGACCAAAUUAUGAAGCAACCUUGGAGAUACGCUCAAUGGAAAAACCCUUUUCUGUUUCGGUCGCUUGUAAAGUGAAUCCCGGGCCUCUGAACCGUGUUGCAGUGAAUAAUCCCCAGGCUUUGGAAAAUUUGCUUCCCGGUUCAACUGUUGAAAAUUUUAUCCUGGAGAUGUUCGAUGGAUACAAUAACCAUGUUGCAGAAGGGACCGAUGUUCUGAUACAUAUUGAUGGCUAUUGUAUCGAACACUGGAUGGGCGUCAACCGUAAGGUUGAUGGUCGUGGCUGCAUUGAUCUCUCUGGCAUUCUCAAAGUCACAAAAGGCUAUGGGCAGUCUGUCUCAUUCUCUGUUAUGUCUGGUAAUGAAGAGAUCUUCAGGAAAGAGUCUCAAAUCGAGGAACGAGAGCUAAGGCUUGUAACAGAGCUACCUGUUUCAUGUGCUGCUGGUUCGAAUCUCGUAGACCUCAUCUUCAAAGUGACGGAUUCAGAUGGUGAUAUGGAUACUAGCAUCCAUCAUGACGAAAAAUUUGGGUGUUUCCACACCAUGAGCAUCGAUUCAGAUUCAAGAAACAUGCAGAGUGGAAUCAGAUAUGCCUUUGUCUACGGGUGUUGCAAAGUUCCUACUCUUUCCCUACCUGAGAACGAGGGUGUCUUUUCUUUCAGAGUGUUCCAUUCUCGAUAUCCUGAGCUUCAUGUGAAUUUAAAGAUUCCGCUAACGUCUGCUCCAACAGUUGAAAGAGAUGAGUUUGGGUGUUCAACACCUUAUUCAAGGACGACUACAACACCUCAAUCAGGGAUGGCUUCAACCACAUAUACAGGGUUGACUCCAACUCCCAAUUUAGGGUUGGAACAAACUCCAUGUUCACAGCUUGAUGUUAUGACCAUAUCGUCACUGGAUCUCAGUAGCCAAACCGACAUAGUUGAUAUAAUGCAGUACACUGAGCGUUUAAAACAAAAAAUCAGUAUAUACGGAGAACACCAAGUGGAAAUCGAGGAGCGCCUAAAAUAUUUGGAGGCUGAACAAGAACAGGCUGAGCAAGAAUUGACUACUUUGAACGCUUCUCUGGAACCUAUCAGUGCAGCGUUGCCAGAGUGCUUAUCCACCAGAGAGUCACUGAUGAGAGAAAUAGAAGAAAAGCACCAUGACACUGUAGCAUCAGUUUUCUGUUCUUUGUACAGAAAGGCUCCGCCUCCGCAGUCUCUAUUUCUGUCAAAGAAAGGAGUGUUUGGCAUAGUAGCGCUUCUUGGGUCAGUUGCAUCCACCUCACUAAGCAGGGCAUUAUCUGUAUAUUUGGGGAAAGACACAAUGCUUGCGUUGGUAUGCAAAUCAUCGAAAUUUGGACCGAAUAGUGCUGAUUACCUGAGGCUUCAAUCUGAAGCAGCUAGUCUUGAACGAGCUAUAACCAGUCCUCUGCUUAUAAUUUGUCUUGAUGCAACCAGACCUUGGAGUAGUGGACUUGUGGAAAAUGAUCAUCAGAGGAAAUUAGCCAUGGUUAACCCUUGCCAUCCCAAUGGAGAUCCUAUACCGGGUUUCGUCGGUUAUGCUGUGAACAUGAUCGAGUUGGCUUCAGAGGAGCUGAAUAUACAAACAAAAUCUGGUCACGGGCUAAGAGAGACGCUUUUCUAUGGACUUUUUGGAGACUUACAAGUAUACGAGACUGUAAAGGAUCUUGAAGCAGCGCUUCCUUACAUCAAUAGUGGAAAUGCUGUGUCCCUAGAUGGUUGGAUCUCCAAGGAAAACGGAUAUCUAUACUCCGGAUGCUGCAAACCAGAAAUUCACUUUCCGAUAACAGUAACAGAGAAGGAAGAAAAGGCUUUGAUUAAAUUGGAAAUAACAAGAGACAAGAAGAGAAAGGCGGAGAAGAUGAUAGUGGAAGAGAAUGGUUCGUUGCGGAAGCUACAUAAAAAGUUGAAGAAGACAACGAAAAAAUACCAACAUUUUGCAGCUAUGACAGUCUCUCAGGACAUAAGAAGAUAUGGAGAUUAAGGUGAUCGUUUUGGUGUUAUAGGGGUCAUUGAUUUUAGUUCUGAAACUUGUUUCUUAUUUCGGUUAGGGCUGGUCUGUUGUGAAUAUGAUGAUCUGCAUUGUUUGGUUCAGUCUAUAUUUUCCCAUGUUUAUAAAAGCUUCUUUUUUUCAAAGCAUGUUUGUUAUUCGUAUGCCUAUUUUCAUUUAAUAUUAAGCUACAAGGAAAGAAAA